CGGCGCGGCGGGCGGGAGGUUUGUCUGAGGCGUCUCUCUCUGAGUGUGUGUGUGGAACCAAAGAUCCUAUAGCUGUAGGAUCUUUGUGUGGAACGGCAGGUCCGGGCCAGCGGGACAUGGAGGACGACUGGCACCUCUACGGCGUGGAGGAUGAGUUCGAGAGCCAGUUUGCCGACGAGCUGGAUGUUCUGUCUGAAUUAAACGUGCCGACCCAUGAUGACAAACCCAGCAAAACACUUAAGGAGUCUAAGUUUCGACAGGACAAACAGACCUUCGAAGAAGCCAUUGCAUCAGGCGAUGUCGUUAGCAGGAACGAGCCAAGUGGUAGGAUCCUGGUCCAGGAGCACAACGAGCUGCAGGACAGCACCAGAGACCCUGUCCCUCACAAACGAAAUCGUGAUGUCCUCCACUUGCCUCGGGAAGAGGAACUGCACGACAAUCUACUGCAGCAGGAUGAAGAGCAAGGACUGACUCCCAAGCACAAGAAACCAAGGUUGGAUGCUGUGAAGAGACUGGAAUUUGAGUCACUAGUCAGCCCACCUGAACUUCACCCAUCAGAUGAUGAGAUUACGCCACCAUCAUCACCAGAUGACUUGCCCCAGAUCCAACACCCCAGCUGUCCAAAGACAUCUGCUCAGGACAUCCUUGGUAUCAGUGAUGUGGUCCCCAUGGAAGAAUUUCCUGUUAAGGUGCAGAAGCGGGUUCUGAAACGCCCUCCGGUUAUGGAAGAUUACAUCAAAGUGACAUCGACUGAUGGAACAAGGGUUUACUUGGUCUUAGAAGAUGAAGACGCAGGGCAGAAGUCGAUCAAUACUCAUCGCUGGAGUGGACAGAGGCAGCUGCACUUGCUGGGAGUACCUUUCUUCUAUCUGAAGGAACAAGUUGCUGAAGAGCACCGUCGACGGGUGAUAGAGGAAUCGCAGAGGCUGAGUGAGAUGCUGAGUAGUCAGAUUGACAAGGAGUUUGGUGAAGAGGAAGAAACUGCUGCAGGUGAAGAAGAAACUGCUGCAGGUGAAGAUGAAGCAGUUGAUGAAAUUCAUUCCAGCUCUCUGUGGGUAGAUAGAUUCACUCCAAGGCAAUACACAGAGCUGCUCAGUGAUGAUUACACCAAUCGCUGCCUGCUGAAGUGGUUGAAAUUGUGGGAUACUGUGGUCUUCGGCCGAGAAAAGAUUGUGAGGAAAAGCAAACCGGUGAUGGACAAGCAUUCGUCUCUGAAUCAGUCAUACCCGCAACGUCAGCAGCAGCAGCAGCAGAACAAAUGGAAAACCAAGGCACAGAUUACUGAGGAGAUGCUGGAUGCUGAACUAGAUGCACACAACAGGCCAAAGUGCAAGGUAGCACUGUUGAGUGGGCCUCCAGGUCUGGGGAAAACAACAUUGGCUCAUGUCAUUGCAAGCCACGCUGGGUACAAUGUGGUGGAGAUGAACGCAAGUGAUGACCGAAGUCCUGAGAUAUUCAAAACCAGGAUUGAAAGUGCCACCCAAAUGAAAUCUGUGCUCGGAGCAAACGAAAAGCCAAACUGCCUGAUCAUUGAUGAAAUUGAUGGAGCUCCCACUGCUGCAAUCAACACUCUCCUGAGUCUCGUUAACCGUAAAGACGGGAAGGAGGCUAAAACGCCCGUGGGUGCAGGGACGAAGAAGAAAAAAGAGGGAGGAAUUUUACGGAGGCCAAUCAUCUGUAUCUGCAAUGAUCAGUAUGUACCUUCUCUGAGACAGCUGAGGCAGCAAGCUUUCACGUUGGUCUUCCCUCCAACUCUUCCCUCCAGGCUCGUACAAAGGCUGAAUGAGAUUGCCAAUAAAAAAGGAAUGAAGGCAGACCUAGGAAUUCUCAUGAGUCUGUGUGACAAAGCUGAAAAUGACAUACGUUCGUGUGUGAACACAUUACAGUUCCUCCAUGGAAGAGGGAUGAAAGAACUGAGUAUGAAGAUGAUUCGGACCACUACGAUAGGACUCAAAGACCAGAACAAAAGCCUAUUCUCCGUCUGGCAAGAAAUCUUUCAACUCCCAAAACAUCAAAGGGCGCGGAUCAGUCAGGAAGGUAGCUCACGGAGUGAAAUGUGGACCGAUGGUGACCAAGACCCUCUCAACACUGCUGCAAGAACUCCAAUCAGCGCAGCAGCACAAAGAUUUAAUCACAUCCUUCAUCUCUCCACCUCCACAGGAGAGCACGAGAAGAUCACUCGGGGUUUGUAUGACAAUUUCCUGAGCAUGAGGUUUAAGGACCCCUCGUUCAGUGGAGUCUGUCUGGCUUUGGAGUGGCUGGAGUUUACAGACAUCCUGAACGAGAAAAUGAUGAGCGUGCAGAACUUCCAGCUGAUGCGGUAUCUUCCAUUCCUUCCCGUCGCCUUUCACAUGCUCUUCGCUGCCACCAACGUUGCCAGGAUUUCCUAUCCAAACAGCCACUAUGAGGCUCAGGCUAAACAGGGUCAGAUGCAGAACCUGCUGAUGUCCAUGGUCGGAGAGAUCAGCCCUGCCAUCCGCAGUCGCCUCACACUGAAGGCGCUUGUCUCAGAGAUCCUUUGCCUUAUGCUCGAUAUCCUCUCUCCAAAAUUGCGACCGGUUAAUACCCAGCUAUAUAGUGCUCGGGAAAAGCAACAGCUAGCUGACCUGAUCGGAGCCAUGCUGUCUUAUAACCUUACCUAUCACCAGGAGAGGACUCUUGAGGGCCAGUACAUCUACUUAUUAGAUCCUAACGUGGAAGACGUUUGUCGAUUCCCUGACCUUCCUGCACGGCGACCGAUGACCUACCAGGCCAAGCAGCUGAUUGCGCGGGAGAUUGAGCUGGAAAAGAUGAGGCGUGUGGAAGCCUUGUUGAAGGCACGCAACACAGACAAGAAGGAAACUGGAGACGUCAACAAAAAAACAACCGAGAGCAAAAAAACCCACAAACAAAGCCUGGAGAAGGUUCUCAAGCCGGCAACCGUGAGAGACGAGACUGAACGAGACUUCUUUGGACGACGAAUGGACAGAAAGAAUAUAGUUUCAACCUCCGCAGUGACUGGAAAUGCUGAACCUGUGGUGGAAUCAGCCGAGAAAUUUAUUGGAAAAGCAGUUGGAAAAAGCGACGUCUGGUUCCGAUUCAACGAAGGGAUGUCCAACGCAGUAAGGCGCAAUGUUUAUAUAAAGGAUCUGCUCUGAGAGUGCCGCAGGUUGCUGAGAUAACGAGCAGCGGUCAUUUAGAAGUUUGCGUGUGCUUGUACCGAACAGAACUCACUUGUGCCUGAGCUCACACGGGUCUGAAGAUAAGCGUUCCACUGCCUUUUCUUGUGGGACGUAAGUUCCCGUCAAAUGGCAGUAAUAUUGAACAUCAACCUGUGCAACUAAUGCUGUGGUGUGAGCAUGAUCAAGAGACCAGUCUGAUUCAACAAUGCAUAGGUUUGGAAUCUAUUGUUCUACUAAAAAAGCGGCUAUCCAUGCUGAAUGUUGCUUAUUGGUGCCCAGGUGCGCGUCUAUAAUGUAUAACAUGUGUAUAAUAUGCCAUUUGCCAGCAGCCUACCUCCAAUUGUAGAUCUACAGUAUUGAAAACCUUGGCUAUGUGGCAUAGUGGCAGCAGCAGGUAGAGUCGCUGCCUCACAAUGACAGAUCCUGACCUCGGGUGCUGUCUGUGUGGAGUAUACACGUCCUCCCUGUGACCUCAUGGGUUCCCUUCAUGUAUUCCGGAUUCCUCCCACAUCCCAAAAACGUGUUAGUUUGUAGGUUAAUUGGCCCUCUGUAAAUUGCCCCUCGUGUGUAAGGAGUGGAUCACAAAAGUGUGGUAAAGUAAAUCUAACGUGGACGGGUGAUCGAUGAUCGGCGCGGAUUCGGUGGGCAGAAGGGCCUGUUUCUAUGCUGCAUCUUUCAAUCAAUUCAAUCGAACAACUGGUUUUGAUCUGAACUCUUGGUGUUUGCUUCCAGCCUUGACAGACAUGACAUGAAGGCUUGUAUC